AGACAGAGAGAGAGAGAGAAAGAGAUGGAUAAACAACACUGUCUUUUCAAACACUCAGAAAGCAAAAACAGAAAAUCAACAGACAGCAGUUAAACUGGGGAAUUUCCAUCUCAGAGCUCAAAAACAAGCAGCCAUUUCUCCGGCUCUCUCUCCUCUUUGUGGUUGAAAGUUCUGCCUAUUAAUGUCGUGUUAGUUUCGGGCUAUUGUUUUUGAAAAUGAAACUCUUUGCUACGGUUCUUUGAGUCUGAUUACAACCACAGAAGAAUUCACUCGUGCAGAGAGAGAGAGAGAGACACCCAACUUGACUUGAAAGCUUUUAAAAAUUAACUACGACCGAAAAAUCCUCACCAAGAUUCAGAAGAGUGAAGCAGAGAAUGACUGUAUAGCUGCGCAGCGAUGGCUGGAUUCAAUCUGCUGGUCCUUUCCAUCUCUUUCUGUGUGUUUCAGGCAGCUGCACAGAGUCACCAGGAAGGGGGCAGCUUGAAGUGUGUUUCUGAUUACAAAUCCACGCUGAGCUGUGCUUGGAACACGACAGGGAAGCUGAGAGAGUCUUCAUGCAGGCUUCACUUCACAUGGACCGUAAACAGACUACAGAAAAAGAUACAGAGAUAUGAAACGUGCGAGCUGCAAGAUUCACCCAGUGACCCUCGGAUGCAAAGCUGCAGUGUGAUAGCGGGCGGAAAUCAAGAGCGGCAAAUGUUCACGACCGUCACUGUGAUCACAAGCCGGGUGAAGUGUGGAAACUGCAGCCAGGAUGCAGCUAACAUUACAUUCAAACCAGUUGAAAACGUGAAAAUGCACCCUCCCUUCGCUCCUUCCAUUGUGGACAGCACCAACAUUACCUGGACUCUGAACCACAGUCUGAUCUCAGUGCACCUUCAGCAAAGAGAGUUUCAAAUCCGAUUCAAACGCAAAGAGAAAUCCUGGGAGGACGCCAGGGUGAUCUCCGAACUUCAAGGUCAGGAGUGGACCCGGCUCAACGAGAAGUUGCUGGACCGGGAUGCGGUGUACGAGACUCAGGUUCGAGUCAAAUCCCGAGAACAUGCAGGAGAGUGGAGCGAGUGGAGCCCAGUGACUGAGUGGAGAUCUGAAGUGGGAAAUAUGGCUGCUGGAGUAUUCAGAAAGCCUGACAGCCCUCUGCAGACGGAGCUGCUGUUUGUGAUGAUCUGUGUUCCAGCCCUGGCUGUCUUCUUAAUCACCAUCUACAGCAGGAAAUGGAUUCACAGAGUCUCCUGUCUUAAUAUCCCAGAUCCGUCUAAAUAUUUCGCCCCCCUAAAUUCACAGCAUGGAGGAAAUUUCCAGAAGUGGCUCAGCCCCAUGUUCUCACCCGAGUCCUACACCGGAGACGAAUCCAACACCAAAAUCUCUCUGGUGGAAGUCUUCGAGGUGAAGGGCUCCUUCGAGAAGGAGUGCCCGGGAUCGGGGUGUCGAGAGUGGGGCAAGAAUUGCGAUUCCUCCUCCUCCUCCGGAGGCUUCUCCAACAUGGGCUACUUCUACUCCAAAUACCCCGGCUCCCUGGAGAUCGACUCCUGCCCGGUGUACUUCAGCUACGAACCCGCGGACCGGAACUCGGACACCAGCGUGGCGGAAUCCUACGAGCGGCUGGAAAACCUGGAGCAAGAUCCGGGGAAAAACUGGGAAAACCAGGAGAGCUUGGAUCCCGAUUCGGGAUUCGGACUGGAGAGCGGGUCCAGCGAGGAGAGCCCCGAUCUGAACGGGCUGCCCCAUGCCGUUUCCACCCCCCUCCCGUUUCCCAGCACCCUCCCGGCUAGUUGGUUUCUCCCACAUGGACAGUUCCCCUUCCCUGCUAUCGAUUUCACUGCUCUGGCCGCGGGGUCUUCCGGUCCACCAGGGGGCGCUCUUUUCAAUGCUUCUCCAUUGAAGAUCCCACCCACGGUGGUCGAUUACAUGUCCGUGAAGGAUCUUCAAAAUCUCAAUAAGCCGAUCUGAACGGAAACGGGAGUCAGACUCCCGCUGCACAGCAGUGUGAUCCAGUCCUGGUUUCACUAGGAGUUUAAUAAUCAGACACACCUGAGCUUGUUAGCUAGACACACUGGGGGCUGAUCAAGCUGGUAGCAGUAAAACCUGGACUGGAUCACACUGCUGUGGGAUGGGAGUCUGAUUCCCAGCCCUGAUCUCUCUGUCUAAAUAUCCCACAGUUCCCAGCAAUAUCCUGUAGCUCUCUCCACUAUAAAAUCAGCUACAAACCUCCUUCAACCAAAGUCUAUCUACAGGGCUGGGAAUCAGACUCCCGCUGCACAGCAGUGUGAUCCAGUCCUGGUUUCACUAGGAGUUUAAUAAUAAGACACACCUGAGCUUGUUAGCUAGACACACUUGGGGCUGAUCAAGCUGGUAGCAGUAAAACCUGGCAUGGAUCACGCUGCUGUGCAAUAGGAGUCUGGUUUCCAUUCAUUAUAGUGUUUUUACGGAACUUAUAAGCAAUUAAAAAUUCAGGUAAACGCUGACCAGUGAAAAUUGACUUUGAUAUUGUCCCGUAGCACCACCUAGCGACGCUUGCAGGAAAUGCAUGUGUGUAUAUAUACGAAAUAUGAUUAGAAAAAAUGACCAUUUUAUAAGCUAGUGCAAGUUUAUCUUCUGCUGCGUGAACGAAGAAAUUGUAACCGAAUCUGAAUGUUUGUGAAGCUGCUUUGAAAAAAAAAAAAAGAAAUAUUUUAAAAUUGUUCUUUUUUUCAUAUAUAUGUAUUUCAUUUUUGUGUUGUUGUUGUGUCUGUUUAUAUGAAUGAAAUUACUGUUUAAUAUUAAAGGCUUGAUUUAAUUCGUAAAACUGCUUAUUUCCUGUCAUCCAUGGUGACCUCAUAUGGGGACGGAGAAAAAACACAAAAACGAUCCUAAUCUUUAUAUACAGCAAAAGUUAACAUCGCCCUGUAUAAGGAACUACGGCUCCCAGCAUGCCUCUGCACCCGCGGCAAUGGUGAGGCAUGCUGGGAGCUGUAGUUCUUUAUGCUGUGGUCUCGUAUCACAAGCGAUACAGACCUCUAUUACGAUACAUCAUGUACAGCUGUGGACAAAAGUUUAGCAGCAUCACCCUCUAUAUAGAAUGAACUGAUUCAGCUUCAUAGAGUCCAAUGAAAGCUGCUGAAUAAUGUUCCCUUGUUAACAUAUUGAAUUCCACCCCCUCUAUAUAGAAUGAACUCCCUCAGCUUCAUAGAGUCCAAUGAAAGCUGCUGAAUAAUGUUCCCUUGUUAACAUAUUGAAUUCCACCCCCUCUAUAUA